CAUCUCCGCUGACACCUGCAUCACUGCGACCGACGGAUGAUGAUGAUGAUGACGGACACUUGCAUCUUCACUCUGCACGUCCUGACUCUCUGCUGCCUCAUUCACGGUUCACUGCAGGGUGUCCAUCAGCGGCGCCUCUACCAGGACCUGAUGAAGAACUACAACCCUCUGGAGCGACCAGUCAACAACGACUCUGACAGUCUCACCGUUCACUUCAGCUUCAGCCUGAUGCAGAUCAUGGAUGUGGAUGAAAAGAAUCAGGUUCUGACCACCAACAUCUGGCUGCAGCUGUACUGGAAAGACUACUACUUACAGUGGAACACGACGGAGUAUCCUGGUGUGUCACAUGUUCGGUUCCCAGACAGUCAGAUCUGGAGACCUGACAUCCUUCUGUACAACAGUGCAGAUGAGCGGUUUGAUGCUUCGUUCCACACCAACAUCCUGGUCAACUCUAGUGGCCACUGUCAGUAUCUUCCCCCAGGGAUAUUCAAGAGCACAUGCUACAUCGACGUGAGGUGGUUCCCCUUCGACGUGCAGCGCUGUGACCUGAAGUUCGGCUCGUGGACCUACGGCGGCUGGUCCCUGGACCUGCAGAUGAUUCAGGCUGACAUCACGGGAUACAUCGCCAAUGGAGAGUGGGACCUUGUGGAGGUUCCUGGGCGAAGGAGCGAGCGUUUCUAUGACUGUUGCAAGGAGCCAUAUCCAGAUGUGACCUUCACCGUGGUGAUGCGGCGGCGCACCCUCUACUACGGCCUGAACCUGCUCAUUCCCUGUGUUCUCAUCUCCACCUUGGCUCUGCUAGUGUUUCUGCUGCCUGCUGAUUCAGGAGAAAAGAUCUCUCUUGGAAUCACUGUGCUGCUUUCUCUGACCGUGUUCAUGUUGCUGGUCGCUGAAAUCAUGCCGGCAACUUCAGACUCUGUUCCUCUGAUCGCUCAGUACUUUGCCACCACCAUGGUUAUUGUCGGCCUUUCCGUCAUCGCCACCGUCCUGGUGCUUCAGUAUCACCACCACGACCCCGAUGGAGGAAACAUGCCGAGAUGGAUCCGUGUUGUUUUGUUAAACUGGUGUGCUUGGUUCUUGAGAAUGCGGCGCCCUGGUGAGGCAAAGAUUCGACUAGCAUGCCACAACGCCGCCAAACAGCGCCGUGGAAGUCUGUCCAGUCUCGAGCUCAGCGUCAGCCAGAGCUCUCUGAGGCACCACACUUCAGUGGGCAAUGGCAACCUGCUUUACGUGGGGUUCCGUGGACUCGAAAGCCUUCAGUAUGCUGCUCCCACUGACCCGGAGGUCCUCUGCUCUCGACUUAUGGGCUGCAACGGGGAGAAUGUACUGAGGCCAGGAGGGGGUGUGUCCGGGCGAGGGGAGGGAGGAGCCUCCAUAGCCUCUUGCUCAACACUAGAAGUGGAAGUUAACCAAAUCUUGGAGGAGGUAAGAUACAUUGCCAGGCGAUUCCGAGACCAGGAUGAUGAAGAGACACUUUGCAGCCAGUGGAAGUUCGCCGCUGCGGUCAUCGAUCGCCUCUGUCUUGUAGCGUUUUCACUUUUCACCAUUCUUUGCACCAUCGGCAUCCUCAUGUCUGCGCCAAACUUUGUCGAAGCCAUUUCCAAAGACUUCUUCAGCUGAGAGACGUUGACAACUAGGACCAACAGCCAUGAGGCAUUUGGCGGUUCCCAUCUCCAUUGACCUCAUUCUGCACUGUUCUGUAAAAAUGUGUACAUUAAAAAAAAAAAAAAAAAAAAAGACUUUUCAUAGGAUGAAGUUUAUAUUCCUGGACAGAUAAUAUGUGGUGUCUUGCCUGUGAAAGGUGUGUGUCUGUGCAUGUGUGUUCAUUCAGGGAGCGAGGCAAACAAACACAGACACCAAUUUAUUUUACACUUUUUUAUGCUAUAGAGGUUUACAAAUCAUGAGAAGCUGCGUGUGCUGGUCAAGUCAAGUGAUGUAAAAGUUGUUUUUUUUUUACAAAUUUACAAUUGAUUCCUAAAAGCUUCUAUUAACAAGCCUUCAUUCAGAGCUGCAUUCACUCCUAAUGUCUUUAUUCAGAGUGUUUUGUGUUAAAAACACUUUUGUUAGCGAGGACAUUGAUCCAAAGUCUCUCAGAUUCCCUUGUAGGAUGAAGCGUGGGCUGGCACAGGUGCAACAUCAAGAGCCAAGAGACAACACUCCAUCACCUCAGGAGGCGCGAUUGUCAGUGACUGAGCUCAAGAUCGGUUCUAUUGUUGAUUCUCUGAACACAUGCAAGCAGAAGAUGCAGUGUUCAAUUGAGUUGUUGGAUGACUGUAUGUUCACUAAUGUUGAGAAAUAUUUUCA